UCAGGCAGUGAGUGCCACAUCACUGUGCUGCCUGUGCAAGGGGCUCCAGCAUGGUCCUGAGGCUCCUGCUCCUCCUCGGUGGGCUGCUUAGGGCCACCAAGCCAGCACCCCGCUGUGAAACCGGCCAGGAGACCCUAGGCCAAUGCCAAACUAUACAGAAAGCAAAAUGCGUGGAUAUUGCCCUGAGUUCUUGUACCGAUGUUGCCUACACUCAAAUGGUGUACCCCAACUUUCUGGAUCAGAAGUCUCGAGAAGUGAUUGAGUACAGCUCUGAGUACCUGCUCAUCAGCGUGCUGCACAACUUGCUCCAGGGGGAAUGCAACCCCGACCUGAGGCUCCUGGGCUGCUCAGUGCUGGCCCCGCAGUGUGAGAAGGACAAAGUCAUAAAGCCCUGCAGGCACGUCUGUGAAAACCUCAAAAAGAAUUGCCUCCCUGCCUUUGAUGCAAUAGACAUGGCCUGGCCCUACUUCUUAGACUGUGACCGCUUCUUCGCUGGGGAGGAAGAGGGGUGCUUCGACCCGCUGGCAAAGCUGAGAGGAGAAGUAGAUGCUGAGGAAGAUUUGCCUUCAGACUUGCCAGCAACUUUUAUUCAGUUCAAACACCAUUCAUAUUCCCAAAUGGUGAGCACGCUGAAGAAGACUGCCUCGAAGUGCUCCCACAUUGCCACCACUUACAGCAUAGGCCGCAGUUUUGAAGGGAAGGAUCUUUUUGUGAUUGAGUUUUCCACCAAGCCUGGACACCACGAGCUGCUGAAGCCAGAAUUUAAGUACAUUGGCAACAUGCACGGAAAUGAAGUUGUGGGGAAGGAACUGCUGAUAUACCUCGCACAGUAUCUGUGUUCAGAAUAUCUUCUUGGGAACCCUCGCGUCCAGACCUUGAUCAACAACACCAGAAUCCAUCUCCUGCCCUCACUCAAUCCUGAUGGGUAUGAACUGGCUGCAGAAGAGGGGGCUGGUUACAAUGGAUGGGUCAUCGGACGACAGACAGCUCAGAACUUGGACCUGAACAGAAAUUUCCCUGAUUUGACAUCUGAGGCUUACAGAAGAGCUGGGAUUCGUGGGGCCCGUCUGGACCACAUCCCCAUUCCACAGUCCUACUGGGGGGGUAAGGUGGCCCCUGAGACAAAAGCAGUCAUGAAGUGGUUGAGGUCUAUCCCAUUUGUGCUCUCUGCCAGCCUCCAUGGGGGUGAGCUGGUUGUGACCUAUCCUUAUGACUAUUCAAGGCAUCCUAUGGAAGAAAAAAUGUUCUCCCCUACACCUGAUGAGAAGGUGUUCAAGAUGCUGGCUAAAGCCUAUGCAGAUGCACACCCCGUCAUCUCAGACCGGUCUGAACUUCGCUGUGGAGGGAAUUUUGUGAAACGUGGAGGUAUUAUAAAUGGUGCUGAGUGGUACAGCUUCACUGGAGGUAUGGCAGACUUUAAUUACCUUCACACAAAUUGCUUUGAAGUUACCGUGGAGGUAGGAUGUGAAAAGUUUCCUUUGGAAGAAGAACUGUUUACAAUCUGGCAUGAAAACAAAGGUGCCCUUCUGAAUUACAUGGAAAUGGUUCAUCGGGGGAUAAAAGGAAUUGUGUCUGAUAAAUUUGGCAACCCAAUAAAAAAUGCUCGUAUUUCAGUCAGGGGCAUUCAGCAUGAUGUCACCACAGCUGCCGACGGUGACUACUGGCGGCUCCUGCCUCCAGGGACGUUCAUCAUCAGCGCCCAGGCGCCGGGCUACAGCCGCGUGAUGAAGAGGGUCACCAUCCCCGCCAGGAUGAAGCAGGCUGGGCGAGUGGAUUUCGUGCUGCGGCCCGCGGAGGCCUGGCCCAACAAGCUCCUCCGGCGCUCCAUGGAGGACGCGUACGACCCGUACGACCCGCUGGAACUUUUUGACCCUCACGCCCAGCACGGGCAGGCCGAGGCUCGCGGAGGGUCCGCAGCAGGCAGGGAGAAGCCCUGGUGGUGGUCGUACUUCAGCUCUCUAGACCUGCACAAGCCUCUGUGGCUGCUCAAGCAGCGCUGAGGGACGUCGCCACGCUCGGCUCGGCUCACUCCGCUGCCCUUCCAGACACCCUCACU